CAUUUGACAGCAGAAGACAGAAUGUGACUGACUGCUUUUCUAAAGUCUGUUGUUCUUCAUGCCUAUAGCUUUAAACUAAUUAGAUCAUUCUGCUAGGGAACAGGAUCUGCCUAAAUGUUUAUGAGGACAUGGUCCAGGCAGCUUGCUGCUCAAGCUCCAGCAGUAAAGAGGCCAGAGGAUAAAGAGUUUACAUUUCAAUCUGGGAGGAUUGCAAAAGCUGAGGGUGCAGGCUUUCCCACACUUUCAGAGACAUUAGCCAGGGAAUUGCUGUAGACUCUGUUAAUUUGACAGUCUUUCUACCAAACCAGUUUAUACUAAGGAUGAAACCAAGUGGUCAGUGACCAGCAGAUAACAGGAAUCCACAGUGCACUUUCACACUGGCAGAGACUAUGCUCAAGAUUGCAUUUAACAUCUAUCAUGGGAAAGUCUGCAUAAGCAAAGUCGUCCCUAAAAGUGCGUGAGUAAAGGAGAGACCUUAUGAAGAAUUCGUAAGAACAACACGGAGGUUCACCCACUGUAUGGAAAGAUGUGGAGACCAGCUGUAUUGGCUCUGCUAUUGUUCCUCUUCAUAGGAAAACUUUACUGUGAUAGCGGUGAGGCCAAAAAAACUCAAAAAGGGGCAGCUGCCACCAAUGAGGCAUCAGACCAACAUCGCCCGUCCUCCGAAGCACACUCACAGCCAGCUGCACCUACAGGGAAAUGCUCAUAUACAUUUGUGGUUCCCCAACAAAAGAUCACUGGUGCCAUUUGCCUGAGCAGCAAAAGCCUCAUGUCAGAGGACAUCAGUGGCUUGAAUAAAACUGAACUUGCCAAUUUGCGACUGGAGCUGGGGGAGCAACAGAGGCAAAUUGAACAUAUUAAGCAGAUGGUGGAAGUGGAUGGUGGCAUUGUGAAUGAGGUAAAACUGUUGCGCAAAGAGAGCCGUAACAUGAACUCCAGAAUCACGCAGUUGUACACUCAGCUUCUUCAUGAGAUCAUUCAGAAGAAGGAACAAUCGUUAGAGGAAACACAGCUGGAGAACCGUCUUCUCAAUAUCACAGCACAAGUACUCAAGGUGUCCGCCAGCCACCAAGAGCUGGAGCGCAAGUAUGGUGCCAUGAUUUCCCUCAUCAAUAACCAGAGCUUGGCCAUUGCUCGCCUAGAAAAACAGUGCCUCGUCAAUGCAAAUGGUGGGCAGCCACAUCAAGCUCAUCCAGGACAAGCAGAAUCAAAAAACAAAAGUAACAGCCAGGCAGAUACCAGCAACGAGAUUCAGAGAGAUCAGACAGCCACCCUUACCGACAAGCAGCCUCAGCGGGGUCACCACGCCAUUCAGCCUCCCCCUACGUCAGCAGCCAGUUCUCCCACUGAGUCCUACAUCUUUCAUGCAUCUGUAACAAAAACAGCAGGACCAUGGAAGGACUGCCAACAUGCGCAGGAAGACGGACAGACCACAAGUGGAAUUUACCUAAUCCGGCCACGCAAUGUGAAUCAGCUGUUGCAAGUAUGGUGUGAGCAAAGCUAUCAGAAUGGAGGUUGGGCCGUCAUUCAAAAGAGGCAAGAUGGCUCUGUCAACUUCUUCAGAACCUGGGAGCACUACAAGCAAGGAUUUGGAAACAUUGAUGGGGAGUACUGGCUGGGUUUGGACAGCAUCCAUUGGUUGACAACUCAGGAUGACUACAGACUACUGGUCCUCUUGGAAGACUGGAACGGGCGGCAGGUCUAUGCUGAAUAUGACAGCUUUAGAGUGGAAAAUGAGAGGGAACAGUACCGUCUGAGGCUGGGUCAUUACCAGGGGACAGCAGGGGAUUCACUUUCCUGGCACAACAACAAGGCCUUUACGACACUUGACCGGGAUCAUGAUGCUUACACAGGUAACUGUGCCCACUUUCAGAAAGGAGGGUGGUGGUAUCACACAUGUGCCCAUUCCAAUCUGAACGGUGUUUGGUACAAGGGUGGACACUACCGUAGCCGCUACCAAGAUGGAGUCUACUGGGCUGAAUUUCGCGGAGGUUCUUACUCCUUAAGAAAGGUGACAAUGAUGAUAAGGCGUGCCUAAUGACAUAAUAUAUCCCGAAUAAAUGACACAAUGCCACUUCUACCGUCCAAAUGUACUGCAGUAUUACGGAACAGAAUCACUCCACAUUCUUUGUCAGACAGCUGCCAGUUUUGUAAAUAUCUCAUUGAAAUGUAUGUAAUAUUAAUUAUUGCAUGAUUAACAGAUGUGAAAUAACAAGUCGUGCUCAAGUUAUUUUUUUUUCCUGUUAUAAUGAAUCAUUUAAAGAUGCACUUACAGUUGGCUGCUUGUCCAUUCUACAUUCCUGUUAUCAGCCCCAACCACGUCCUCUUCAACGCCUGCUACUAAGCAAUUUUGACGCCCAAGUAACCCCAACACCUUCUACCUUAUCAGAAUGUGCAUCUAUCUGGACAGUUCAAGGCACGUGAGCUUAGAAAGAAUCCACAGGGUCCAAAAAUGUUUCAAGUGUACCGCCACCUUUUAUUUCAAUAAUAAUAAAAAUAUUUCAACAACUUA